GGAGCGGCGGUCCAGGUGCUCUAGCCAACCGUGUGCUCAGACGUUCAUCAGAAGAAGAUAGUGGGCCGGAGGAAAGUGUGCGUGUGGGGUAUCGCGAAGGGCAGGGCGCAAUCACAGACGGGUUAUUGUUCCGAUUCAACCGCUGCCUCCUCGCGGUCUCCUCACCCAGAGUCUUCACUCGCAUCCCAUGGGCUUGGAAAAUACCGUGCUUCUGAGAUAGGCUACAGCUGAGCUCCCGUGCGCGUGCGAUGUUUAAGAAGAGCAAGAGCAAAGUUCUGGUGGAUGAAGCGUCGGAGGAGGACGACGUGUCGUGGCAUCACGAGCGCGCGAGAAAGGAUAAAGACGCUGAGGGAACAGAGGAAGUUCUGAGCCCCUCAACAAAGGAUUCAAAGUUGAAAAAAGUGAAAUCGAAGCGAGAAAAGGGAGACAAGAAGCUGUUUCCGUCUCAGGACGAUGAGCACAUCUUGCUGACAGGAGUCACUGUCUCUCACAGAAGAGGGUCUGCUAAGAAAAACUGGGAGGACGACAAGAGUAAAGCCAACCCAGAAAAAGACAAAGCGCACUGUCUGUGGGACAGCAUCACAAUGACGAUGAAGCAGAUCACACCCACGAGGAAGAUCGACAAAAUUGAGGGCUGGGAGCCGCCUCAGCUGAAUGACGCCAUGGAGGAGGUAAAAAACGAGCCGGAGAAGAAGAGGAGUGACUCUUCCCCGCUGUCCUCCCCUCUGUCACUGUCUCUGCCGCAUUCUCUGGGUUUGCCAUCCUGGGUUGGCUUGGGUUCGGAGGAGGACUCGUCUCGGUAUGCUAGUCUGACUGAAUCACAGACGGGCGGCCCUGCCCAGUGGGCGGCUCGGGCACGAGAUAAAUUAGCCGCCGUUCGUCGCCGAAGUCCAGCCAGCCUAUCAGAGAGUAACUGGGAGGGGCUCAAAUGAUUCCAUAAUAAUAUCUGUGAGGAUGGCCACACCCCCUUGUAUACCAACUCUAAUUGGACAGCCCACCGAUGUGAAGAGUAGGACCCUCAGACCAAGAGUGCCUGCUUCCAACGCCUGUCAGCAAUUUGUCACUUUUCCGUUUGAUAUAAACUGUGCGUCCAACUUUCGAAUGGAUCUCCUUCAGAGAAAUCGCUGGAUGCAGUUAAUCACCUUGCUGUUUUGUACAUGUCUUUUAUAGCCUUUAAAAGUGAUUUAAACACUCAAAGGGAGACUUCAACCAAAAACUGAAAAUCAUUUAUUCACCCUCACGUCAUUCCAGAUCUUAUUAAAAAUAAGUUCUUCAAACCUAUUUUAUUAAACACACAAAAGAUGAAGAUUAGCAGAAUCCCAAGAACUAAGCCUCAGUCAGACGCCAUAUUGAUGCCGUAUAAACAAGGCUGUGAGGGACAGACUUUACUGUAGUAUGUACUGUAUACAAGCCGUACAGGUCAUUCGAAACCGUUUUGAAGUUUUUGUCUGACAAACCCUUUUUAGAAAGACGUUUCGAAGGCCUAACAAGCAGCGUGUUUUUAAAUAGCAGUAAAAUACUACUACUAUCCCUCACUAUUCAGUUUCCAUCCAUGUUAGAAAAUAAAUAUGACGCUAUCCGUUCAAAAGACACGGUAGCUGCUACAAUGGCAACAAAGUAUUAUAAAUAUACUCUAAAUUACAGUCCAGAUAUUAUGUGAGAAACAGCCUAUGCCGCUGAAUACAGCAAUAAGUCUUCAUUCAUCCUUUUCCAGUCACUGUAUGAAAAGUCAUGAUAUUCUGCUAAACGUCUCCUUUACACAGAAUAAAAUCAUUUUGGAUGACGUAAGGGUGAAUUAACGACGAUAGAAUGUUAAUUCGUAGGUGAACUGUCUCUUUAAAUCCACGUUUUAUUAGCACACACUGCAGUACUCUUCAUCACAGCCGUAUACUCCUGAGGAGAUCUCGAUGGUUUUGUAUGUAAAGCAUGAAUCUUCGAUUCACUUGCGUCUGGUCGUUAAUUUAUUCCGCUAUGUAGUUGAAAAGUGAAUGUGAAACGAUGUACAAACGCCUUCCACCGAUCAGUGUAGAUUUACUGCCUGCUGAUUCACAAUCAUAAUGUACUGUAAUUACUCUAUGCAAUGAUUUUCCUGCUGUAAUCCCAAACUACUUGCCAUUCAUGCUUACAAUUUAUUCAACUUACUGUGGCUUAAUAAGACAUACAGGGAACCGUUUUAAAUUGAGUGUGUGAGCUCGGUCCCGUCGCUGGAGCUUUAAUAAAACAGAUAAUUAGUUAUUGUAUCCAUUUGGGGAAAAAAAGGAUCGAAACAGGUUGGAUGAGUAUCCAUAUUUCCUACGGUAACAAUUACUGUUACGAUAUUUGAAGCCUUCCAAAGACCUCAAUAGCUGUGCCGAUUUAUCAUGAAGUAUUGUUCUUCGCGUGCCUCGAUUUAAAAUUAAUUUUGUAGCGCGAGCGUGUUAACAUGUUAUUUUCUUCCAUCACCCCCAACACAAUAAAAAGGACAAUCAUCAUUUAUAAGUCUAAUAUAAAAUGUAUUUUACAACCAUUUGGCCGCACCAUUGAACUGCCCAAGAUCUUUGUUUGUAAGAAGAACAUGUCUAAGUGUCUUAUUGCUGAUUUUAGAAGAUUAUUUAUAAUCGGAUUCUGAAAGUAAGUGGGUUUGCUGCUCUUGUUCAUAUAGUAGCUUUAAGUAAUUAGUCUACCAAUGUGUUUAACUUUGAAAGAUGAUUAUAAAUUGUUAGUUUGAGAUUUUGCUCUUUAUAUUUGGGGCCUUUGUGAGAAUCUUAUUUUGAUUUUUAUCUUGAUACUACUGAAUUAUUACUUUUUCUGUAUUAUGAUUUAAAUGCAAAUAAUAAAAUGACGUUGCAGGGGUUCAGAUGAGUUGCUGAAUCUGAAUAAAAAGUUGUACUCGC